AUGGAAGAUCGAAGUGGACAGGUCACAGGCAUAGCCGUUACAUUCUUCGUCUUGACAUGGCUCACCGUUGGCCUUCGAUGCUACGUCAGAUAUUUUAUAGUGAAAGGUUUUGGAUUAGAUGACAAACUUAUGGUCACCACUCUCUGCUUCUUCACAGCGUACCUGUCAUGUCAACUUGGCGGCGCAGCCUAUGGUACCGGCCACCAUACCCCUGUCCGCUUUGGGCGAUGGCAAGAUCUCAUCGCACUGGAAAUGCCAUUAGAUAAGGAUCUUCAUUGUGUGACAACGGCAAUGAUGCAUUAUUGUAAAGGCGUUGCAUACGCCGUUACUGGCGACAUCGCGAACGCACAACAGGAACGCGACGCCUUGGUCGAAGCCGUGGAGCGUAUUCCAGCAUCUCGGAUAUGUGGGGAUUUCCCUAACAGGUCUAACGUUGUCCUUCAAGUUGGGAUAGCAAUGCUGGACGGUGAGCUUGAGUACCGCAAAGGUAACUACGAAGAAGCUUUCAAACGCCUCGAAGCAGCUAUCCAGCGUGACGACGACCUCACAUACGCCGAGCCGUGGCCAUGGAUGCAGCCAACACGGCAUGCGUAUGCCGCUCUCUUGUUGGAGCAGGGCCGAAUAGAACAUGCGGCCGCAGUCUAUAAAGCAGAUCUGGGGUUCGAUGAUACGCUACCACGGGCAAGGCAACAUCCGAACAACGUAUGGGCGCUGCGUGGCUACCACGAGAGCCUGAUAACGUUGGGUCGGAAAGACGAAGCAGAAAUCAUUGGGCAGCAGCUGAGAAUUGCACUUGCUGUAGCGGAUGUUAGUGUCAAUGUGAGCUGCUACUGCCGACGCACUCGUGCGUAG